AUGUGCCGACAGGAGGUGUCCAGAUGGAUCGGCUGGGGACUGCCGGACUCGAACGGGUGCGCGGUCACCUCCCAGUGCAUGCAGACAGUCGGCCAGUCAGGCUGCUAUGACAACAAAGACUGGGCCAUCUGCUUCUGGCCGAAUCCGGCCGGAAUAAAGGGUGGAGGCAGGAGGCUGUCCUCACGGGCUGGCUCAAACCAAUGA